GUCUUGUGAAAGAACAACCAGUGUUCUUAACCGCUGAGCCAUCUCUCCAGCCCCAACCAUACAUCGUCUUUAUAAGCUCCGUAGUCUCUCACAUCCCUCGACUUUACUCUGUAUCCCAGUAAAGAAGCCAUUCUUUCUGCCGGGUGUUUCCUCGCUAUAUAUCCUUUCUACGGCCGGUCGCCGGGAACGUAUGCUUUUUGACCUGUAAGGGAAUCCGUAGAAUCUCGCGAUAAGAACCGGUCUGAGGAGCUGUCAUGGCUGCGCCUACGUGUGGGCACGGGAUUCCGCUGUAGGCAAAGCUCACUGCGGUGCUCUUUCAUUACUAAGGUAAUGUUUGCUGCGUCUUGAGAAUUUACAAGUGUUUCUGUGGAUAGCAAAAUGAAUAACAAAGCAGGUUCCUUUUUAUGGAACCUCAGACAAUUUAGUACUUUAGUCUCAAGAAGCAGAACUCUGAGGCUGUGUCCUUUGGGAUUUUGCAAAGCAAAAAAUGUUCAUUCAAACUGGAACUCAAGAAACCUGCUGAAUGAUUUUGAUAGUGGAAUGCAGCCAUCCUUUAGAUACUUCUCUCGGGAUGUAUUCCUUUUGAAAUCAGUAGAUGAUUGUACUCAAACAAAAGGUGUCAGCAAUGCAGCUGUCUUUAGAUUUGACAGAAUACUUUGUCCCAGAAGAUUGUCCUUUGACGCAAAACAUUCUUGCGUCUCUGAUGGGACAGCUGAUAAUGAUUUAAAGAAAGUAACCAUUUAUCGAGCCUCCAGUGAAGAUGCACACAGCAAGGAAAUGAAGCCAAACCCUGUGAGCCACAGAAAACUGGCUCAGGAGUGUAACUCCCUAAGUGAUGUGUUGGACAUGUUUUCAAGAGCACCUACAUUUCCUAGUAGUAACUAUUUCUCAGCAAUGUGGACAAUUGCCAGAAGGAUACCCGAUGACCAGAGGCGCUUUGAAAUACAACUGAUGUUCAGACACCCUGCCUUUAACCAGCUGUGUGAACACGCGAUGAGAGAAGCCAAGAUGAUGCACUAUAGUCACCUUUUGUUCAGUCUCAAUGCUAUAGUGAAGCUUGGAGUCCCUCAGAAUACUCUCAUGGUACAGACUUUGCUGAGGAUAAUUCAGGAACGCAUCAAUGAGUGUGAUGAGAAAGAUCUUUCGGUUUUGUCAACUGUUUUAGAGACAAUGGAGCCGUGCGCUAAUGUGCAUGCUCUUAGAGCGGGAUUGCAAAUACUAGUUGAUCAGCAAGUUUGGAAAAUAGAACAUGUCUUCAUAUUACAAACGGUGAUGAAAUAUAUUGGAAAAGAUACAUCAGUUGCUCUUAAAAAGAAAUUGGAGAUGAAAGCCUUGAAGGAAUUAGACAAAUUUUCUGUUGUGAAUAGCCAGCACAUGUUUGAGGUACUAGCUGCCAUGAAUCACCGUUCUGUUGUCCUUCUGAAUGAGUGCAGUAAGAUGGUCACAGAUAAUAUCCAUGGAUGUCCUUUUAAAGUAUUGGUCAGCAUAUUGCAGUCCUGCAAAGACCUGCGGUACCAAAAUGAAAAUCUUUUUAAGAGCAUAGCAGAUUAUGUAGCUACAACUUUCGACAUUUGGAAGUUGAAACAGGUUGUCUUUCUCCUUAUUUUAUUUGAAAACCUGAAUUUUCGACCUUCUGAUUUGAUGGAUAAGCUUAUGGAGAAAAUAAUGGAGGAGCCUGAAUCCCUGAACAUGAAAAGCAUCCUUGCUGUUCUACAUGUGUAUUCCUCUUUCAAUCACGUCUGUGGAAGCCAGAACAAAGAGUUCCUGGAAGCUAUGGCUAGUGCUCUGACUGGUUGUCUUCAUCACAUGUCUUCUGAAAACUUAUUGAAUGCCUUGUAUUCAUUUUGCAUAAUGAAUUAUUUUCCCCUGGCCCCUCUUAAUCAGCUUCUCAAAAACAACGUCAUCAAUGAGCUGCUGACAUCAGGUGACGUAAAGAAGAAUGUUCAUAAACUUCAUGUUUUGAAUACUUGUCUGGAGCUUGACAAUACUGCUUAUCACAAGGCUGUACACAUACCAUUGCCCCAGCCGCCACCACCAUUGCCAUUGUACCAAAACCCAAAGAUUGAAAAGGCGCUAAGCAGAAUUCUGGGAGGGGAAGGAGGCUUCUCAAAAAAUGUGCAAUUACCACAUAAUUAUCACAUUGACUUUGAAAUCAGGAUGGACACUAACAGGAGCCAAGUGUUUUCAUUUUCUGAUGGAAAUGAAGCUUCUGCCACAAACAUGCAAAGAGGAGCUGUGCUGUGUGUUCCUAAAUGUGUUUAUUGUUUGAAUUCAAGCCACCCCAGGGGAUUGUUUGCUGUGAAAAUGCGACAUUUGAAUGCAAUGGGUUUUCAUGUAAUUUUGGUCCAUAACUGGGAGCUGAAGAAACUAAAGCUGGAGGAUGCAGUCACAUUAUUGAAGAAUAAAAUCUAUUCAGUUGAAGCUCAUCCUACUAAUAUAAAUUUGGAAAGCACAAAUUAAAGUAAAAAAUGAACC